AUGAUGCCAACACCAGGACUGGUCGACGGCAAUGACGCCGCCAUCAGCAACCUGCUUGCCGACAAGAACCGACUGCACAAAGCUUACGUCACCCGCCCCACCGACGACAACAAAGCUGCCUUCUGCCACAGUCGUCGCCUAGUGCAACAGCGACUGCGGGAGAUGCAGGACACCUGGACGGCUCGCAAGGUCGAGGAGAUCCAAGGGUACGAGGACAGUAACGAAUGGAAGAGCUUCUUCUCCGCGAUCAAGGCUGUCUAGGGUCCGCCAACAAAAUGUAUUUUACCUCUUCUCAGCGCCGACGGCAAGACCCUACUCACUGAGAAGACAAAAAUUCUGCAACGAUGGGCCGAGCACUUCAGAGGCGUCCUCAAUCGUCACUCCAUAAUCUCCGAUGUCGCUAUCGCCUUUCUGCAUCAAAUGGAGGCCGACGCCGAUCUCAACCUACCGCCCUCUCUCCACCAAACCAUCAGGGCCGUGCAUAAGCUCUCUAGCGAGAAAGCGCCCGGAUCAGACCGGAUCCCUGCUGUGAUCUACAAGCACGGUGGCGACUAA